AUGAUACCAAGCAUCGCCCAGGAUAUCGCCCGAAUUUCAUUCCGGUUUGGUCUGGUUGUCGAUCGAGUUUGCCGGUCGCUGGAGGUCUCUCACGAUGAGAUUAAUGCGGAAGGAGCUUGGGUAUAUUGUGUCCAGGGUGUGGAUGAGAAAGACGUGAGCGAUUCGGUCAACCAAUUCAACGAACAUAAAGGAUAUCCCCCAACCAAUGGCGCGUCCGUCUUCAACGUCGACAAUGCUGGAGGCUCUGUCAGCUUAUGUGGACCGCCAAAAACGCUGAAUGCCCUUUUUUCCGAGUUCAAUGGUUUUAAGAAGACGAAAAAUGUGGCAAUGAAGAAAAUUCAGGGUAUGUGGCACACUGACAAAACGUAUGGCUUGGAACACGUGAGACAAGUCAUCCCGGAAAUCGAAUCCACGCGGGAGCUGCACAUUCCAUUAAUCUCGCCUGUGAGCGGAGAGCCAUUUCGAGACACAGAGGCUGCAAAACUGCUCGAAAAGAUUAUGGAAGAGAUAUUGACCGAGAGGGUGCGUUGGGACAUGGUUCUCCAAAGUGUCACAAAACAUUUGAAGCAACUGAAGCCCAACUCUGUGCAACUUAUAAGCAUACAACCCUCACAUUAUAACCAGAACCUGCUGGAAAGCUGGCGGAUCAAAAUUCCCAAUGCAGCAGUGUCAGACCUCCCCAUGGUGCCAGCUGUGUUGGAUCUCGAGCUCGGAAAAAGCCCCCCGAAGGAUUCGAGGUCGUCCAAGAUUGCUGUCGUCGGAAUGGCAUGUCGUUUCCCGGGUGCGGACACUACGGAAGAAUUCUGGGAGAAGUUGAUACGAGGACAGGACAUGCACCGCCAUGUCCCUUCCGAUCGAUUUGACGUCGGAACACACGUAGAUCCCACGGGAAAGCGACAAAACACGUCAAAGACUCCAUACGGCUGCUUUGUUGAUAAUCCGGGGCUAUUUGACGCUAUGUUCUUCGGCAUGUCACCCAGAGAGGCUGAACAAACGGACCCAAUGCAGCGUCUUGCCUUGGUGACGGCGUACGAAGCUCUGGAAAAUGCCGGUUAUGUCGACGGUCGAGGCGUCAUUCACCGCCAGCGCAUUGGUACCUUUUACGGCCAAGCCAGCGACGACUAUCGUGAAGUUAAUUCUGGACAGUAUGUAGGCACUUAUUUCAUUCCCGGUGGAUGCAGGGCGUUUGGUCCCGGACGUAUCAACUACUUUUUCAAUUUCUGGGGCCCUAGCUUUAGUGUCGACACAGCAUGCUCUUCGAGUUUGGCCGCUAUCCAAGCCGCUUGCUCGUCACUGUGGAGUGGAGAUGUUGACAUGGCCAUUACUGGAGGGAUGAAUAUCCUCACGAACUCUGACGUGUAUGCUGGGCUUAGCCAAGGCCACUUUCUCUCCCCUACAGGGGGCUGCAAGACUUGGGAUGAGGGAGCGGACGGAUACUGUAGAUCAGAUGGAGUCGGAAGUGUGGUUCUCAAGAGGCUCGCGGACGCAGAAGCCGACAACGAUAACAUUCUCGCGGUAGUCCUAUCGGCAGCCACUUCUCAUUCGGCGGAAGCGGUUUCGAUCACGCAUCCUCACGAUGCAGCGCAAGCUCUGUUGUACCAUCAGAUUGUCCGACGAGCCGGGAUCGACCCUCUGUCGGUAGGGUACGUGGAGAUGCACGGCACAGGAACACAAGCUGGUGACCCCACCGAGAUGAGAUCUGUGACGAGUGUGUUCGCACCUCUCCGUGUCCAUGGUCAUCGAUCGGCACCACUGCAUGUGGGCUCAGUCAAAGCCAAUAUGGGCCAUGGAGAGGCUGCUGCAGGAAUAAUGGCUUUUAUCAAGACCAUGUUAGUCUUCCAGAAUUGCAUGAUUCCACCUCACAUCGGCGUUAAGACAGCCUUGAAUCCUGCAAUACCAGACUUGGGAAAGCUGGGCGUUGUUAUUCCAUUUCAAGCUGCCAGUUGGAGCCCAAAUAGUACUCAAAAGAGGCUGGCCAUGAUCAACAACUUUGGCGCUGCUGGAGGUAACACAGCCAUGAUCAUCGAAGAAGCCAGCCCAAGGCCACGCCUAUGGCAGGACACAAGAGAAGUCCAUGCUAUUACGGUUUCAGCAAAGACGGCUCAAUCCCUCAGCAUGAAUAUUAGUCGUCUUGUCGAGUACAUCAAAAAUUCGCAAGGCUUGUCUCUUGCCGACGUUGCCUACACACUCUCGGCCAGGAGACGGCAUUACGAGUACCGGAAAUCCGUCGUAGUGACAUCCUUGGCCGACGCUGUCAGACAGCUUCAACCGCACAUCGAAACUGCUAUGACGCAGACUCCAACUUCAGUCAAACCACCCCCGACCGCAUUUGCUUUCGCUGGCCAAGGCACUUUCUACGUGGGAAUCGGAGCGCAGCUUUACCGCGAUUCUCCCUUCUUCCGCGCGCAGCUCAACCAAUUCAAUAGUCUUGCACGUCACCAGAACUUCCCAUCUUUCCUACCGGCCAUUGAUGGAACGAGUACUCGCGAAGCCCUGCCAUCCUCCUCCAUACAUCUAGCCAUCGUAUGCGUUGAGAUUUCUCUCGCUCGACUGGUUAUGACGUUUGGUGUUAAGCCAUGCGCGGUUAUUGGACACAGCCUGGGUGAAUAUGCCGCACUGGCCGUGGCUGGGGUGCUAUCCGACAGUGACACAGUCUUCCUCGUCGGGACACGAGCAAACAUUCUGGACUCGAAUUGCUCACCUUACACCCAUAGCAUGGUCUCUGUUCGCGCCUCGGUGGCCGAUGUUACGCUUGAAGCAGAUGGCUUGCCAUAUGAAGUAGCUUGUAUCAACAGCCCCAAGGAGACUGUUAUUGGUGGUCCCGCCGAGCACCUGGAAGCUUUCUCGGCCCGCCUGUCAGAAGCAGGGUAUAGAACAACGCGUCUUGAUGUGCCGCAUGCGUAUCAUACUUCUCAGAUGAAUAACGUCGUCAAUGAUUUCACUCGCCGAACCCAAGGAAUCAUUUACAAUGCGCCCAGCAUCCCCAUCAUCUCUCCUCGAGACUCAGCAGUCAUUAAAUCAGGUGCUCAGAUCGAUUCAUCAUAUCUGCCCACCUCCCUUCGAAAGCCAGUAGACUUCGUGGGGGCUCUCAGUGCGGCGGUAGAAGCUGGCGUGGUGUCGAAAUCCGCCGUCUGGCUUGAGUUGGGCCAUCAGCCCGUAUGCAGUGGUUUCAUCAGCCGUACGCUCGCGGAAACUCGUCUAGCGUGCUCGACUCUCCAGCGAGACAGCGACAACUGGAAAUCCCUAGUGAAGAUGCUGAGCAGUCUGUACGAGGUCGGACUUAACAUCGACUGGAAUGAAUAUCAUCGUCCAUUUGAGCAAGCACUUCGACUUGUCCACGUGCCAAAUUACGCUUGGAACAACAAGAAAUAUUGGAUCCAGUACCGGGGAGAUUGGAAUCUGACAAAGGGCCAGGUUUCACCAGAGCAAGCACUUCCCGUUCUUAGCGGGUUUCGGACAUCAAGCAUCCAUCGACUCUACUCAGAAAAUUACGGACCAUCAACAGCACAAGUCCUAGGCGAGUCCAACAUGGCCGAUCCAUCACUCAAAGAUGUGAUAGAAGGUCAUGCUAUGAACGGUUAUGGUGUUGCUUCAUCGUUUCUUCAUGCAGAAAUGGCAUUUACGAUGGCGCAAAGGAUCCAAGAAAAAGGUUUCUCGUCGACAUUCAGUGGAAUGGGCAUCAAUGUGGCCAAAUUCGAGUAUCACGAUCCGGUAAUGAAAAUUGCAAACCCUCUUGAUGCACAUCCCAUUCUUGUCAAUGCCGAAGCCAACCUCGAGAAGGGCGAAGUCCACGUCAAUUGGUUCAACCCGGCCAUUGACAAAUGGUACUGCCAUGCUACAGCUUACUACGAAGACGCUUCAAAUUGGUUAUACGACUGGACUCGAUUGACCAGGCUCGUAACCAGUCGCAUUGACGCACUCAAUGCUAUGUCAGUGAAGGGCACUGCCAACAAGCUCACCACCGAGUUUGCAUACAGCCUCUUUGGAAAGCUGGUGGACUACUCCAGCAUGUAUCGCACCAUGCAAUCGGUCAUACUCAACGAGGACGAAGCCGUGGCCGAAGUCCUUUUCCCUGAAAACACCCAAGGAGACUGGGCGGUGCCACCACAUUUCAUUGAUGGUGUCGUAUCCCUCUCUGGUUUCAUUCUAAAUGGUGGCACCCACUUUGAUAACACCAACAACUUUUUCAUUACACCGUCAUGGAAGUCAAUGCGUUUUGCCAAGCCGUUAACUCCUGGCGGUCGAUAUCUCGCAUAUGUGAGGAUGGUGCCGGACGCUGUUGACGACAGCAGCCAUCUUGGCUCCUACGUCGGUGAUGUCUACAUUCUACAAGACGGUGAGAUUAUAGGUGUAGUCGAAGCCAUCUUAUUCCGGCAGUGGCCAAGACUGAUGUUGAAUCGGUUCUUCCGCCCAGCAAGCACGGUUGCGCCUGCUCCAUCUACCAAGAAGAACGGAGCUUCUACUCCAAGUCCACAACCAUCUGUGAGCUCUCUACAGGAAAAGGCCAUAGCAGCGGCAGCAGCAGCAAUGACGACCGAGAGACUUCCAACGUAUUCCAUAACUCCUCCGCGUUCUGGACAUAUCAGGCGCUCCCCACCUCCGAAUGGACGGAUAGAAAAGACCGACAGCGACAGCAGCAGUGGAGACGAAGAAGCUGGUGGCGAUGAUGUUGCAUCACGCGCUAUGUGCAUAUUGGCCGAAGAGCUCGCUGUUGAUAAAGGCUUACUGACCGACGAGUGUGCAAUUGCGGAUAUUGGGCUUGACUCUCUUAUGUCGCUUGUCGUCUCACAGAGGUUUCGAGAGAAUCUUGGUAUAGAGAUUCGUGAUGCGUUCUACCUCGAAGCGGCAACAAUUGGGGAUUUGAAGAAAUUAGUGUCUUAG